AGAGAGAGAGGGCGAUAAGAAGAGGUUGACAGAUCAGAGAUGACAGAGAAGCUACGAAGCAUCUUGAGGAAUGAAAAAAGAAAGAGGAGGAGAGGCAUUAAGAGAAAGAGUUAGAGUUACAGACAGAGAGUGACAACUGCUGGAAGUGUUGAAGGAGGGAGAGAGAAAGGGUAAAGCUUAAGUACAUUCAUUGAAGUUCACAAAAGGAAAAGAGGCAGAUUGUCCGAGUGGGAAGCGCUGAAAGAGGAGGAGAGAAACACAAAAAAGGGAGUGGAGAAGAGAGGGAGAGAGCAGAGGAGAGGAGAGGCAGAGCUGGAAAGCAAAGUGUGUGACAAGGGAAGAGAGCGCAGACAUGAGGAGCAGUGAGGAGAGCUGAGAACGAGAAAAGAGAAGAAGAAUCGGGGGGGGCUCUUAAUUCACUGUUGUGUUUCCAGUCUCUCUGAUGGUGUUGCGAAACCCUCUCGAGGUGCACUGCUGCUGCCGCAAGACUGAACGGUAUCAGGACCGAGCAGGCAGCUGCCAAGCCCACUGACACACACACACACACACAUAAUCACAUAAACACAGAGAGCGCAGGAGCUCCCCAGCAGAGUUGGAUAUGACACGUCCGCUGAGGCAGUUUGGCGUGGUGCGCUCGGAGUGACAGUUGGGAAGAACCAGUUCCUCAUCCAGUCAGGAUGUCGGUGAAGCUGCGAUUCGACUCUCCCUCAGAUGGAGGUUUGGUCACCAGGAGCCGCUCAUUCACCGGGUUCAGCUCUCUGAAUAGACGACGGCCGUCCUCUUCACGUAACUCUCUUCGCUCCAAAACCAUGACGGGGGCUAAAUCGCCGAGGAUGAACCUGUCUCCCAGCCACGGGGGGGGCAUCUGGUCCCUGCAGCCGGAGCAGGUCGACAGGGUCUUCCAGGCGCUACGCAAAGGACUCAAGGAGUAUCUGGAGGGUCACCAGGCAGAGAUGGACUUCCUGUCGUCCCAGCAGAGAGAGACCAAGAGAAACUCCAGACUGGCCUUCCUCUAUGAUCUGGAAAAGGAGAUCAGAGCUCUGGAGAGAUACAUACGACGAUUAGAAUUUCAAAUCAGCAAGGUGGACGAGCUGUAUGAGACGUAUUGUAUCCAGUGGAGGUUGUGUCAGGGAGCGGUCAACAUGAAGAGGGCCUUCUCGCUAUCGCCGUCCACCAGAGCCUCCAGAGAGAGUCUGCUGGAGCUCAACCGCAACCACAGGCACAGCCUGCAGGACAUGUCCGUUAUGGAGGCAGAGUUAGAAAUCCUCCUAGGACAGCUACACAUCAAGAUGAAAGGUCUGAUCGGCUUCGCUCGACUCUGCCCCGGGGACCAAUACGAGGUGGUGGUGCGGUUGGGCCGCCAGCGAUGGAGGAUCAGGGGGAGGAUCGAGUCCGACGACACGCAGUCCUGGGACGAGGAGGAGAUGGUCUUCCUCCCGCACAUACACCACAACUUCGAGAUCAAGGUGAUGGAGGCGAAGGGCCUGGGUUGGCUGCUGGUCGGCACGAUAAUGUGUGCGAGCGCAGACUUCUUCUUUGCGAGGCCGCAGCUGAUGCUGGUGGACAUCACGGAGCUGGGAACCAUCAAACUGCAGCUGGAAGUCGCCUGGAAUCCGUUUGACGGCGCCGAGAGGUUGAGGCCACUGUCUGUCAGCAGGCAGUCGGUGUCCAGCAGAAAGAGUUCAGUCUACAGCUGGACCGCACCGAGCACCCCCUCCUUCACCGAGAAAUAUUUCAUAUCGAUGGUGCGUGAGCUGCAGGAUCGCGAUGGCUCCCUCCCGUCUCUGGUGUCCAACAGCCGUCAUAACAGAGGAGGCAUGUCUCUGCUCAGCUACCUGUCCAACCCCUCGCACGCCUCCAUCGCAGGCCACAGCCCUAAAAGCCCCUACCCCCCGAGUCGCACGUGGGCUCACAGCUACCCCUCCAGCCCCAGUCAAGGCACCAGUCUGGGAGGAAGCCAGACUCAGCUGUCCCUCGGCGAGGAGGGGUCCCUGGAGGUCUCUACGGAGGAGAGGGACAGGAGGAAGGGGAUGGAUGAGAACGAGGAGGAGGAGGAGGAGGAGUGGGGAGGCGUGCUGGAGACUCCCUCUGCACCAGCAGAGAGUACGACGGGAUCCCUGCUGGCCCUGCAGAGGUCCAGCACCCCUGACAUCCUCAGAAAGAGCACAGCUGGAGAGCCAGAUGCUGAGACACACAGUGCCGCCCCGGGGCAGGACACCGUCAGCGUGCAGGACUCCCCAGCUUGUCAGUCGUAUUCUGCCCCGGCCUCACCCACACUCCCUACCCAGACCCCAGCUGUAGCCCCAUCCUCGGCCACGACGGCCGCUCCCGCCCCGGGGAGGUCAGGGGUGAGCGGGGCCCAGCGCAGGGCCCAGGCCCUCAGGAUGGGAGUCCUGAUGGCCGAGGUGGAGAGGACAUUACAGAACCAGAGUCUGUCUGAGAAGGAGCUGAGGGCCCUGGACCACCAUAUACUGCACCUGGCGACCAUACUGAAGAACGACCUCUCCUUGUUGAGAAGAUCAUCGUCAGAGGAGUCUCUGGCUGUGGAGGAAGUCCUGGGCAGCUUUGACUUCUUGUCACAUGACUUCAACACAGAUGACGACACUUCCUGUUUGGGCAGCAUGAGGCUGAAAGACAGUGGCAUCAGCUCUUUCCAGCAGAGCACUCUGAGGAGCCUCGGCCUCUUCUCCCAGGACAGCCAAUCAGCCUCUGAGGAAGAAUUGGUCAUCACCCCUCUGACUUCUGGGAACUGGGGUCUCGACCAGGCUCUAGAGACUCACCUGGAUAUUUGCUUUAUUCUGCUACAGAUGAUAAGAACGACUGACUUUGGCCCAUCUAGGAGGGACCUGCUGGAGGAAAUGGCUCUUCAAGCGGAGGUCCUGGACAGAGUCAGCUGCCUGCUGCUGGAAAACAGCGACAACAUCUCCGCCCGUGACAUCCUCCCGAAGGCCCAGAGAACGAGGGAUGUUUUGCUCUUCUGGGAGGACUGCGUGAGCGACAGCAGCUCUCCUUUCUGUUGCCACUCCGGCAGCUUCUCCAGGACGCUAAAGAAACGUUACACGCACAAAGUGAAGGCCAAGCAGCCCGGCCAGUCAGAAAAAGUGUUUUCUCAGCUCCUGCAGCAGGUCCAGACGGCCUGUCGGAUGGUGCCCAGCCCUCGGCCGGUCUGCAGCCCAGACAGAGUCACCCUCUUCCAGCUGUCGGUGUAUCUGAAACGCUGGAGCAUCCAGGAGCUGGGAGAGCACAUCUCCCGCCUCUCCAAAGAAGAGCACAUCCUGUCAGCCCUGAGGAGCCCCAAACGGAGGCGAGCUUUAAAUAAGCUGAGAGGGCGGAGUGUCACGGAGCUCCUCCCACUGGGGUGCACGCUGCAGACCCUGGCCGCCCUGCAGAUCGACUCCAACCACAAAGUCUGUAAAGCUGCCGCCAGCUGUCUGUGCAGAGCCGCAGGCUGCAAGGCCUUCAGGAGCAAGGCGGUGGUUUACUACACAGAGAGUUUAAAAAGCGCUGAUGUUCAAGUCCAACAAGGCUCCUGCCUGGCUCUUAAAUGCCUGAGGGCGACAGAGAGUGUGGACCACAUCGCAGAUUUGUGGAGAUCAGCGGAUGAAGAUCUUCGCUGCGCUACCAGAGAGACCGUCCUCUCCUUUGGUAAAAAGGGCUACCUGGCCUUCCAGAGGAUGGACCAGCUGUACACUGAGAUGCAGGACGAGGCUUACCGGAACCAAGAGACUGAGAUCACCAUUCUCUAGGAGACACGGGGGGUUUUUUUUUUUUUUUUGGCUUUUUAAAAACGACGGGACCCAACACAAGGAGCUCCAGUGAUCCCGAGUGUCAGAGACUCCGUUUCAGCCAGGUUUGCGUGUGAGCCGGAUAAAGUUUACCAGCCUGCAGUGGAGGCUAAUGCCGGGACGAGGCAUCUCACUUUCCGGGCGAACAGCGAUUUUCUUUUGGAAAAAUCUGUUGCGCCUCCAUAACCACAGAUACCAAGGGGACGAGUGCAGAGGAAGAUCCGAUGAUGGCGACUUCCAGCUCUCUCUGGAUGGAUCGUUCACUCACUGAUUAGGCUUUUGCUUCAAAGCUUCAAUUUUCUUGAUCCUGUGACCAGAGGAGAGACUUUACUGCGAACAUGAAUUUAUUUUGGUCAAAUAUGUAGAGUUUUGGUUUGUUUUUUUGUUUUUUAAUAAAAAAGGAGGAGUUCUGUUCUCUAUUACGGCCCCAUUUAGUUAUUUAACCAGGUGAGAUGCCAUGUGAAGCUUUAAAAUUAUUCCUGCUUUUCCAGUGUUGGAACUUACCUUCAACAACCAAUUCUGUAGGGUUGUUUUAUUGGAAAAUGAAGGAUAAAUGUGUUAUUUCAAAUGAUGUCAAAAGUGCGUGGAUAAGAGAAGUAAUGUGCAAAAAAAAAAAAUCCAAACUAUCAUGUGAACAUUAAACCCUGACAUAAAUCCUCAAAAGCAGCAGCAGCAAUCGUAGCAAAUCUGCCUUUGGCAGGUCACUUUUUUCCUCGGAGUUGAAUUUCCUUCCUUUCUUCUCAUCAGUAGAAGGAACAGAAAAAUGGCUGCUGAAAUGUUUCCACAAACAGGAGCUGAGACAUUUAGGGAUUAUAGAGCAAACACCCGACGGGCAGGCAGCCAAUCAGCGUUUGUACGUUUUACUCCUCUACUGGGGCAAAAUUAUGACAUUUGUCACCGAGGUUCCCGGUUUGCAGAUGAUCUGGGUGCAGCUGCCGGAGGUUUUGGGCUGAUGAACUUGUGGGUUUCGCGCGUCGUCCUUUGAGAUGCGCAGACGCACUGGUUUGCGUUGAUUUAGCCUGAAGGAGGCGGCACCUCUGAAGGAAACGCAGACCAGUGUUCGUCCAGAAUGUAAAACCAGUCUCACUACUGCUUGAUGAGGAAUUUCUGGUAGCACUUUGCGAUAACGUGGCAAAAACACGUUUAACCGGGUCUUGGCCUUGAUGUUUUGAUGCAGGAAGUGUCGUGAAUUCCUGUUUCCCCACCACUAAGAAAAGAUCAGGUCACUGUGUGUUUAUGUGAUUCUUAAUGGAUCAAUUAAAGACUUAACUCACAGUUACUUCACACACACUUUACUUUAUAAGCUCUAUAUAAAAUUGUAAGAAGUGGAAAAAAAAAAAAAACAUUUUCAGUGACUUAAUGUACAGUAUUUUAACUUUUUCAACCUAUGAAGACAUCUCAUAUUAUUCCAACUGUAUUUUACAAUGUUGUCAUUAUCUGUUUAUACAGCAGCCUCCACUUACAGGUACAUUAACGAACACUUAGAUCCGCUUGCAGCUACAGUAUAGUGGGUUAUGAACCAUUUACUAAACUGUUUAGAUACUGCUCAUACGUCGCCAAAGGUUCCGGGACCCAGUCACAUAGACCAGGACAUUUCAGACCGGCGGCAUCUAUUCAUGCUUCCCUUUUAGUGACGGCACAUUAAACGAUUGUAUCACGUUGGCGUGAAGAAAUGACUUCACUCGUCAACCAGGUAACUCACAAGCAAUGCUGAACUUGUGAGAAAUAAUAAAGUAAUAAUACACCAUAACACUUUGAGUGGGCCCACGGCGCUUCUGUCCAUUCCUCACCUCAUUUGGCACCUGCUACAUGCUUUUAGCUUUAGUGCACCUUCCUCUUCUGUGCCUCAAUCCAUUUCUUUCAUUAGGACUUUUUAAAAAAAGAAAAAAAAAAAAAAAAGAGCAUUUGGUCUUUAUUCAGCAGCGACGGGGAGAUGUUUGUUAAAAACAGAUUCUGCUUUGAUUUUCUGCCCUGAUUUUGGUUGCACAGAAACCCAUGUGUGACGCACCACCGUCACACAGCGUUAACGAAUCACAAACUCAUGGUGACGUGAUCGUUUCGCGGUGAUGAGCAGCAGGAAUUCAUGAUACAUCCUGCAUCUGAUACAUGCGAGUUAAUGGACCGGAACCUAACUAAAAACUUCAAUUGUUUUCUCACAAGUUAUUGUUGAGUUCACUGAAGUUGACAGAAGUCCAGUGAAGUUAAGAAUAAGUUCAGUCCCCUAUUUUAACCUUUUAAAAAACACACUGACCCACCUGUGGGGCACUUGGGCCUUGGUAGCUCAAACCUGAGACAACCUUGACGUGUUAAACACUGUUUGAAAGCUCAGAGUCUCCUGAUUCUCCAACUGGUAUUAAAAUGAUUGUACGGGGUUACCGGCGUGAUACGGAUGUUUUCAUUACUGUCAGAAGAGGAGAGCGCGGCGCAAACAGCAAGUUUCCAUCAUGGAUGUUUUCUUAAAACUAUAAACAAGAAGGAUCUCUGGAGAGUUGGGAUGUGUGCGCUGAUCGCGCUUCUUUAAAAAAGUAAAUAAAUAAAAACCACAUUUGAUGAGAUUAGUGAAGACUGAGCGGUUCAUUCACUCAACGCAUCCUUUCAAGUCAAAAGAACGU